CAAUAAUUUGAACACUGCAAAAAUGCCAGGUGGGCUUGCCAUGGAAGUAAAUGCAGGAGAUUUCAUCAGCAGUUUACCAGAUGAGAUCCUUUUCCAUAUAAUUUCUUUACUUCCCUUUGAAUCUGCCAUCCAAACCAUUUUCCUGUCUACCCGAUGGAGGUUCUUGUGGAACAUGGCUCUGGUGCAACAUGGAAGCAAAGAAGAUGUUCCCACUGCAGUUUCUGGUUUCCUUAGAAAUUUUGAUGAGCACAAUCCAACAAGGAAUACUAGAAGGCUUCGGUUCGAUUUUGGAGAAGAUGGUGUCCUCUCAGCUAUUAUUGCACCCAACCAUAAACUUCACCUGGAUUUCUCUGCAGACAACCAGGAACAUCCAAGGCAGUUUGGUUGGCAGAUAGAGUUGAACCCCCAAAAUCUUAGUCUCCAGGCAACUCCCUCCACCUUCUUUGUUAAGACCCUUUGCCUGAUAUCAGUAAACUACCUUAGCAGUGAAGCUGUUUCUUCUAUGGUCUCAAGGUUUCAGCUUCUUGAAAACCUGAAAAUCAUUGGAUGCAGUGGAUUGGAAUCCUUAAGCAUCGAUUCUGAGACAAAGCUUUUAAACCUAACCAUCUUUGAUUGUCCACAGUUGAAAUCUCUCCAUAUUAGAUCCUAUAAACUUAGAAACUUUUGGUAUAGAGGGCAACUCCCUUGGUUUUGGCCUGAGUUUCAUUUCAACCUGGUAAACGCCAUGCUUGAUUCUAGGCAAGGCCCCGGCUACAGUACCUUCAGGACUUGUGAUUUUGAUCGAGUCUUGUUGACAAUAAAGAAUUCUGAAAUUUUCACGUUGUGCAAAUGGUCUUUUGAGGCAUUAGUCUGUCCAUCGCUGUCAUCUUUUCGAGCUGCUUUCCAGUUUUAUAGACUAAAAGAGCUGUGGUGGAUUGAUAAUUAUUCCAAGGGAUUGUACAAUAGUGAUGCUCUAAUCACUUUCUUGGAACUCUGUCCUUCCUUAGAGCGACUCUUCGUGACUAUUGAUCAUAAGAGCUAUGCCAUGCCAAGUGCAGCCACAUGUUCCAAGCAAGUAGGUAAAUACACAAAAUUGCAGCAUCUCAAAGUGGUUAAAUUGGAGGGAUUUGCCAAUCAAGAGGAUGUGAUUUUGUUCACUGAGCGUUUACAAGAUGUGGUUGCGGUGAAACCAGUAAUCCUAACAACAUUAGAUGGGAUAUGUUUCCAGAAUUUGACUAAGGUUACUUCUCAUGAACCUGACCAGCCAGAAGAGACUUCACCACUUUCACAAGAAAAGUAUUUUUACGAGUUUGUUCAAGUGAAAAACAUCAAUGAGUUAUGUCCCAGUCAUCCUCACAUGAGCUUGUAGGCCACAGAAUAGCAAGUUUCAUCUAGCCACGUGAAGCCUCAUUCAUAAGGCUAUAGCACCAUACGUGAUGCACUUUUUGUUGCAUAAAUUCUCCACACUGUUAACAGAAAUAUACAUAGUUCAGUAAAGAUUAUGUGCAAUAAGCACCCUUUAUCCUUGUUUUGUUGAAAUUUUGUAAAGUUAAGACCCUGCUUAAACAGGAAACAAAUAAAAAGAG